GUACCCGCUCCUCCUCCCUCCCUAAAGGUCAGCAGUCUCUGGUCAUAUCCUGUACUGUCUGCAGUCUCUUGAUCAUCCCCUGUACCGUCCGCAGUCUCUGGUCAUCUCCUGUACUGUGUCCGCAGUCUCUGGUCAUCCCCUGUACUAUGUCCGCAGUCAGUCUCUGGUCAUCUCCUGUACUAUGUCUCCUGUCUCUGGUCAUCUCCUGUACUGUGUCCGCAGUCUCUGGUCAUCUCCUGUACUGUGUCCGCAGUCUCUGAUCAUUUCCGGUAGUAUGUCCGCAGUCUCUGGUCAUCUCCUGUACUGUGUCUGCAGUCUCUGGUCAUCUCCUGUACUGUGUCCGCUGUCCCAUCUGGUCAUCCCAGUCUGUACUAUGUCCGCAGUCUCUGGUCAUCACCUGUACUAUGUCCACAGUCUCUGGUCAUCCCCUGCACUGUGUCCGCAGUCUCUGGUCAUCUCCUGUACUAUGUCUGCAGUCUCUGGUCAUCUCCUGUACUUUGUCCGCAGUCUCUAGUCAUCUCCUGUACUAUGUCCACAGUCUCUGGUCAUCUCCUGUACUAUGUCCGCAGUCACUGGUCAUCUCCUGUACUGUGUCCGCAGGCUCUGGGCAUCUCCUGUACUAUGUCCGCAGUCUCUGGUCAUUUCCUG